UUCUGGCUGUAGUUAACUCUCUCUAGGCCUAACAAACAAAAACUAUUACAGAUUAAAGUUAACAGAAUUUGUAAAGGGUUGAGCUGGACACAGACCACUUCACUGAAAAUGCUGGACCAAAAAUUUAAUAUUCUAAAAGACGACACAAUGAAGAUGGAACUGAAUUGAAGAAAAGCUUCCAACAAAGAAUCCAAAUCAUCACUGAACACAUGGGCCACAACAUCUGAGAAACAUCAUUUUCUUCUUGAAAGGCAAUUUAUCAUCAGUUCAACAUGACAGACUAUGAAGUGUCUAUUCAACAGCUCAAUGAUCUGUUGAUGGAUGAAAACGGAGAGUUCUGUAUGCCCUCUAAAAAUUGCAAUGAAGUCUACCCCGGAAUAGUCCUAGGAAAUGAGUCUGUAGCCACAAAUAUAACACGUUUGCAACAACUGGGAGUGACACACAUUCUGAAUGCUGCAGAGGGCCAAUCCGACAUGCAUGUGAACACAGAUGCAGAGUUCUAUGCAGAAACAGGGAUCAUCUAUCAUGGAAUACCAGCCCUUGACACUGACCAUUUUGACCUCAGCGCAUAUUUUGAAGAGGCGUCUAAUUUCAUUUCAAGUGCCUUGUUAGUGAAAGGUAAGGUGUAUGUACACUGUCAGAAAGGUUACAGCCGUUCAGCUGCACUAGUCAUUGCAUACCUGAUGCUGCAUCACAGGAUGGAUGUACGUGCAGCUCUGGCAACAGUGAGAGAAAAACGUGAAAUUGGACCCAAUGAUGGAUUUCUGCAUCAGCUAUGCCAGCUAAACGACAGACUGGAAGGUGAAGGAAAACUGUCUCCACAUUAAGCAUGUCUCCCUCUUUUAUCAAUUCAUCUGUGUUUGCAGUUAGUGGGAUUAAAUAGUGACAUGUUUUACAGGUUUUUUUUUCUGCUUUUUGGAUUAAUUGUAGUACUGAGCUGUGUAUGUUACUGGCAUUCAAUCUCUAACUGGAGUCAUAUUACAGAAACAUCCCAUCUAUAAUUCUAUUUAGAUACCAUGGUGAUUUCAGAAUACUAAUUUGAAUUUGUCAGAUUAAGACUCAAGAUAGGGAAGUUUCUGUAAUACAGCCCCCAUUUCACUGCAAC